CACUGCAACAGAAAUAUCAAAAGGAUCAGAUUAAACUUAUUUCCCAGUCAGGAAUAAACCAGAAAUCCCACCAUGAAUUUUAACCAGAUCUUUGUUUUCGUCGCCCUGAUUAUGGCCAUCUGCUUGGGACAGUCUGAGGCUGGUUGGCUAAAGAAGAUUGGCAAGAAAAUCGAGCGGGUUGGCCAGCACACUCGGGAUGCCACCAUCCAGGGUCUGGGAAUUGCACAGCAGGCUGCAAAUGUUGCUGCUACAGCCAGAGGUUAACAAUGAUCCUGAUUAUAUUUAAAACUAUACUUAAGAAACCUAAUUUAUUCUAC